AAACAUUAGAGGCUGGUGGCAAAUCAAAUAGUUUCGGAACCAUCUCAUGGCUCUGCUUCAAGAUGACAGUUAUCGAGCGGAGCUGCUUUCAGAUCUUCAAGCAGACUACACAAAGUUUUUCACAAUGGCAGAGAGAGAGCUAGAGGGAAUAUCAAAGACCAAGCCAGUCGAUCAAUACGUGAGACUACAGAAAAUAGGGCAGGGUACGUUUGGGGAGGUAUUUAAGGUGCGGCAUAAAUCAACAAAACAGCAUUUUGCACUGAAACGAAUUCGGAUGGAACAAGAAAAGGAAGGAGUAUGUAGCUUAUUUAACACAUCAAUUUUAAAGUUUCCCAUUACUGCUUUACGAGAGAUACGCAUAUUGCAAUCCCUUAAUCAUGAAAAUAUAGUGUGUCUAAAGGAAAUAUGCCACAGUCCACCGAAUGCUGGUAAUGGAUUCAAACCACAAUUCUAUCUUGUUUUUGAGUUUUGUGAUCAUGAUCUUGCUGGUUUAAGUCAGCAGAUAGAUUUCACUGAACCAGUCAAAAAGGCAAUAAUGAAACAACUACUCACUGGUGUUUUCUACUUGCAUCUAAACAAUGUUCUCCAUCGGGAUUUAAAAGCUGCGAACAUAUUGAUUGAUAAGAACGGCAUUCUUAAAAUAGCAGAUUUUGGUCUGGCUCGGACCACUGUUGCCUCUAUUCGUCCUGAUCGCCCAACACGUUAUACUGGACGAGUUGUUACUUUGUGGUAUCGACCUCCUGAAAUUCUCCUAAAUGACCGCCAUUAUGGAAAGCCUGUAGAUAUGUGGGGUGCUGGUUGUAUUAUGGCUGAGUUAUGGACAAAGUAUCCUAUUAUGCAGGGGGACAACGAGAUUAGUCAGUUGAACCUUAUCAUUAAUCUCUGCGGAUCUAUAACACCUGAAAUAUGGCCAGGUGUAGAACGUUUGGAAACAUUCAGAGAAGCUCGUCUACCUCAAGACAUUAAACGACAUGUUCGAGAGAAAUUGACCCCCAAAAUUUCUUCUCUUGCUGCUGUAGAUCUCAUUGAUCAAUUACUUGUCUUGGAUCCCAGCAAACGUCUUGAUGCUGAGCAGGCGCUUUCACAUGACUAUUUUUAUGAAGAUCCUCCCGUAGGUGAUUUGCGAUCUUUUUCCAAAUCCGGGACAUCUUAUCUGGAAUUCUUGUCGUCAAAUAACGCUCGUGGUCGUAUGUUACAGGGAGCAAAUCGUCCAGGAAUUGUACGUGGCCCAGUUGUUGGGCCUGGGCAGCAAAUGAAUUAUCUUAAUGGGCCUGGCAUCAUGCAUCCUAAUCGUCGUCCACCCUUACCAGAUGACAAUUCGUAUUAUGAGCGUGUUUUUUAGUCUGGUGUGCUUGUGUCUACAAUACUUUUUGAAAUAUUUCUUUCAAAACUCAUAUGUAAAUAGUUCACUUUGAUCUUUAAUCUCAUUUUCCCUCUUUUUUGUCUAUGUUUACUUUGGGAUUGACUCCGUUUUUUAUCUUUUCAUGCCAUGCAAUCUGAAUGCCAUAAACACUUGGUAUUUGUACCUUUAUUUCGAUGUAUUCAUUCUAUUUUGCGCAAUAAUGUUUGCAACUCAUUGCAUGUGACAAAUGUAUUUAAUAUACUCUAUAGAAGUAUUGGGAUUCUAUCUACUUACUUCGACUACUAGUCACUUGUGUAAACUAGUGUCCUAUUGUAGUAAAGAAUAUUACUUCUGAGAACGUG